CGCGCGUGCGCCAAACGUUUCGACCUUUUUGACGUGUGUGUGUGUGUGUGUGUGUGUGAGUGUGUGUGUGUUCAUGUGGGAGAUUCGACAGGAGGCUCUCACGAGGACCCGCGCGCGACCCCGGACCCCACGAGAAAAGUGAGGAAUCGUCAAAAGAAGCGGCGGCUCUCAUCUUCACGUCGGCGUUAUCGGUUGUUAUUGAUAUCGGGCCCGUCCAGAUGGCUCCAGAAGCGGCGGCCUCCUCUUCCUCUUCCUCCUCUUCCUCCUCCACCACCCUAGAGCUCAUCCACAUGAGGCCAGCAGGGGCUGGGCCUCCAUCACACCCAACUGACCGAUCACCUCCACACCAGCCACAGACGCAGAGAAGAGGCGCCAUGCAGUCGGCGUGCCAGAAGGCGAGGCUGCUCUGCGUGGCGCUCGCCGCGCUCGUCUGCCUCCUGGUGGCCACGCGGUGGAACUUCAGGCGCGACCGAGCCGACGGCAACAGGAUUCGAAUCCCGACCGCCAGGUUCUGGCACCGGCGGGAGCGCAGCCGCUCCUUCUGGAACAAGGAGCAGGAGUACCUGGACUUCGUCCACAACCCCAUCAUCAGCUCGCCGCCCGCCGACGGCUCCCUCGCCGCGUGGCCCGAUUGGCUGAACGACACCGGGCCGCGCGACCCUUGCGAACCGGACCGCCGGGUCGCCGAGCAGAUCGCGGACUACGUCUCGCUGCCGCAGCGCCUCCAGGAUUUCCUCCUGCACAUGCGCUGCCGGACGUACCCGAUGCUGAUCGACCAGCCGGCCGUCUGCGCCGAGGAGCCCUUCCUGCUGCUGGCGGUCAAGUCCCCGAUCGCGCACUUCGACCGGCGGCAGGCCAUUCGGGAGACGUGGGGUCGGGCGGGCGCCGUGGCCAACCGCACCGUGGCGACGGUGUUCCUGCUGGGCAACGGCGUGCCGGCGGACUUCCUGCCGGACCUGCGGGGGAUGCUGCGCCACGAGGCGGCGCUUCACGGAGACCUCCUCCAGUGGGACUACCGGGACUCCUUCUACAACCUGACCCUGAAGGAGGUGCUCUUCCAGGAGUGGUUCGCACGGAAAUGCCGCCGCGCCCGCUUCGUCCUCAAGGGCGACGACGACGUCUUCAUCAACACGCCGCGGGUCCUCGAGCUCCUCGGAGGCCUCGAGGAGACGAAGGUCAAGGACUUCUUCAUCGGCGACGUCAUCAGCAGAGCCGGUCCGCACCGGGAUCGCAAACUCAAGUACUUUGUCCCGGAGAGCGUGUUCGCGGGGGGCUACCCGCCGUACGCCGGCGGCGGCGGGUACCUGUACUCGGGGGAGUUGGCGCUGCGGCUGCGCGCCGCGUCUCGCCGGAUGAUCCUGUACCCCAUCGACGACGUCUACACCGGGAUGUGUCUGGCCAAGCUGGGCCUGGCGCCCGAGGACCACGCCGGCUUCAAGACCUUCAACAUCGACGAGAAGUACCGGUUCAGCCCCUGCGUCUACCGGAGCCUGAUGCUGGUGCACAGCCGGACGCCACAGGAGAUGAAGAGGAUCUGGUCCUGGAUCAGCCACCCCGAGCUCGUCUGCCCCUGAACGCCUCAUCUCCUCAGUUUAGUUCUGUUGGAUCCACAAGCAGAACCUCCGAGUUGUACUUGUCCUUUUCCACUAUUAUUACAGUCUAUAAUAAUAAUAAUAAUAAUAAUACGUGAUUAAUAUAGUGCUUUUCAAAGUCCUCAAAGUCACUUUAGAAAUGUUUUAAAAUCAUCAUCAAAAAUUAUAAAAACCCGGAGUACACAAUCAAGCAGUUUUAAAGAUAAACACAUAUAUAUAUAUAUUAUUGUAUCUAUAUUUGUUUAUAUAUAUAUUUUUAUAACUUUUUAUAUAUAUAUAUAUAUUUAUAUCAAUAUUUUAUAUAUAUAUAUAUGAGAGAGAGAGAGAGAUUUCAUAUAUAUAUAUAUAUAUAUCGAUAUAAAUAUUACAGAAAGUCUACAUCUACUGCCGGGAACUAAAACACGUCUUUUCCGACUAUCUUGAAUAAAAACAGAUUAGCUCUUAUUUAUUUACUUACUUAUGGUAUUUUUGGUAAUUUGUCUUUCUUGAAGAAAUGUAACUUUCUUGAUUCUUGUUGUUCUGAGUUUGAACUCGUGGUUGAAAGCGAUUGUAAGUCGUCAGCUAAUUGACAAAAAAGUAAUAUAUAUAUAUAUAUAUAUAUAUUACUUUUAUAUAUAUUAAUAUAUAUAGGUUCAAAUUCUCGGAAGCUUUUGUGCAUGUUAGCGGGCUCAUUAUAAGGUUCAUAUCUAGCGUAUCUGUUAAAUUACUUUAAAAGUUUGCAACGCCCCGUGUUUAUGCCUGCAGCGUUUAUUCUGUGUUGAGCGUUUGGCGUUACAAUCUUUUUUUUAUUGCAUCUUUUGGUUAAAAAUCACAGUGGAGCAUGGGAGGGACAAAGCUCCUCCCACAAAGACGUGAUCAAAAGUGUUCUUAUAAAGUGUAUGUUGUGUUUAAAAAAGUUUACCACACAUGGAUUUCACUUGUGUGUUUAAUGUGUGCAGGUAUUUUUGGACUAAUGUAAGAUAAGAGUAGAGGAGAUAUGUCCCUAAUUGAUCGGAGAAACUCAGGUAUUCUAAUAAAAGAAGAAUAAAGUAUAAUUAUAUAAAUAAAGAAUAUAAAUAGAGGUAAACAUAGAAACUUUACAAAAGCAAUUAAAGGCAAGAGGUACAAAUACACACAGUACCUACGACUAGUACUUUUAAACUAAUAUAUGAAGUGUUUUGUCUGUAUUUAUAGAUAUAUAUAAUAUAUAUUUAUAUUAUAUAUAAAUAUUUAUAUAUAUAAUAUAUAUUUGAUAUAUAUACUAUAUAUAUUGUACUACUCAAUAAUUGUGAAACGGUUGCUGCUCUUUCUGGGCUUUCAUUCUGGGUGAUUGUGUUUAUACAGUACGCAUGUUUAAAUAAUAAAGUAUUUUCGAUCAUU